AUGUUUUCCUCCGGCUCCAUCUUCCCCCACUGGCGCCGCAAAGCCGCAGAACGCUCCAGUGGCAGCUCCUCGGAAAUCCCAUUCUUUCUGAACGCAGCCUACUAUCCGAAUUGGCGCAUAUAUCGCAAGCAGCCCCCGUCGUCGCUCAGAUUGGGAUUCGUCUCUCAUAUCUUCUACGCGUUUGCCUGGGUCAGAGAAGAUGGCACAGUUUAUCUGAGCGAUGAGUGGGCCGAUACACAAAUGCCUGUUGACGGCACAAACGGAUGUCUCCGGGCGUUCGCACAGCUCAAACAACAAUAUUCCAAAAUGAAACUUGUACUCUCGAUCGGCGGAGGUGGAAAAGGCAGCGAAAACUUCGCCGCCGUGGCUCGCAGCAAGUCUCGCACAGAAACAUUCGCUCAGUCUGCCCGGCAACUAGUGGACCAAUUCGGCCUUGAUGGCAUCGACGUGGACUGGGAACAUCCGGCAGACUCACAGCAAGGACAUGACUACAUCCGUUUCCUUUCUAGACUGCGAGACUACUUCCCAGCGGCGCAAUAUGUAUUGGCAACCUGUCUUCCAGCAGGACAGUGGGCACUCCAGCACAUUGACCUCAAGAAAGCGCAAAAAUAUGUCGAUAUGAUCAAUGUCAUGGGUUAUGAUUUCGCUGGCCCAUGGGGGGCUGAGACCGGACACCACGCCCAGCUAUAUAGUCCCUCAUAUGGGUCGGGAAUAUCAUGCCAGUCUGCUGUGGAGUACUUCCUAGGAAAGGGCGUCCAUCCCAAGAAACUGCUCCUCGGUAUCCCCGCCUAUGGUCGGUCUUUUCUCGGCAGCAAUAACAUCGGUCAACGGUAUGUAGGCUGCGGCGGGGAAGAUGGGGUAUUCGACUACAGCGAACUCCCGCGUCCUGGAGCGAUGGAAUAUCAUGACAACCAGGUCGCGGCAGCGUUCUGCGUCGGAGGGGACGGCGGGUUCGUAACGUACGACACGCCACAGACGGUAGAGCAAAAGGCGAAAUUCGUAACGCGGGAACGUCUAGGAGGGCUCUUUUAUUGGCAUAUCGGCGGGGACGCUCGAGGCCCACGAAGCCUCAUCGAGACGGGGUACAACACUCUGCACGAUAUGUAA